AUGGGCCUUUUCAGUCUCGUCCAUUCCUAUAUCAAUCGCCUCUUGUCCUUGGUUGAGCCUUUCUUCGGCGCGAAAAUUCAUAUCAACAAUGACAACAAUGAGGCAUAUGGCAUGCUCUCCGAUUGGCUCAGCAAACGCGGCUUCGGGAAAUCCGCCCGAGCAUCCCGAGUCAGUGUUAAGAAUAUCCGCAACCCAGGAGAUAUAAUCAAAAUGGGGAAGAAAAUUCUCAAAUUUCAGCCCUGGGAAGGAAGCUUUAGCUUCUGGUACAGGGGCCACCUCAUCACAUACAAUACCACCAUUAACGUAGCCCAAUGCCAGAUCACGGAGAGCUUGGAUGAGGAAGUCAGUUUGACUUCUCUGGGCUGGUCGACUGAUAUCCUCAAACAACUCAUGAACGAGUGUAGGCAAGAGUAUCUCGAAACUGUCAAGGACAAAAUUGCCAUCUUUGAGAAUAACGGUUGUUAUUGGCGCAAGGUUGAUGUAAGAGACGUUCGGCCACUGUCAACGGUCAUCCUCAACCAGAGUAAUAAGGAGCUUUUGCUAGAAGACUUCAGAAGCUUUCUAAGUGCAGAUACUCAACUCUGGUAUGCGCAGCGCGCCCUUCCGUAUCGUCGUGGCUACCUUUUGUAUGGCCCUCCUGGCACCGGCAAGUCUAGUUUGAGCUUCUCCAUAGCUGGCGAAUUCGAUCUAGAUAUCUAUGUCAUCAGUAUUCCCGACUGCACAGAUCGGUAUCUAAGGGAGUUGUUCGAGGAUUUGCCACAGACUUGUGUCGUCCUCCUCGAGGAUAUUGACGCGGUUGGUAUGUCGAGAGAGUCAGACCCAGAUGAGGAUUCGGACACAAACUCAAAGGACGAGUCAUCGCGGCGACGACGGGUCCAGUCACUCCAGAAAUCCAGCGAGGUAACCCUCUCAGGACUCUUGAACGUGCUCGACGGCGUCACCUCUCAAGAUGGACGCAUCGUAAUCAUGACGACGAAUCAUCGGGAAACGUUAGACGAGGCACUCAUUCGCCCGGGUCGCAUUGACAGGCAAGUGCUACUCCCUCUUGCCGACACCGAGGUCAUCAGGCAACUUUUCAUGUUUCUUUUCGGUCCCGUGGAAGCAAUCGGUGACGCCAAGGCCGGAUUGAAAGAGCUCGAGGAGGAAAAGACGGAAAUAGACACAGCGUUGAGGUCCCAAGCGCAUAAGUUCGCAUUUAUUGUACCAGCAUCGACAUUCAGUCAAGCGGAGAUCAUCUCAUAUCUUCUUCUGCACAAGAAUGAUCCAGAUGGUGCACUGUCACACUGCAAGAAAUGGGUGGAUGAAAAGAUCAGCGAGAAGAGACUUCCUGAUAACAAAUAG